GCUUCUUACUACAAUCCAGCAGCCUCAGAUGCAAGUGCGUACAUGCGAACGCAACUGAUUCUAGCAAACGUCAUAAUUCAUGAAUUGACUCAUGCUUGGUUCAAUAACGUAACAACAGAGACAUAUGGUAUAAGUACUUUCCGCAACGACGACAGAGCCGGCGAAGAAGGUUUCGCCCUAGAAACAGUGAUAAACAAAAACAGUAUCCUUAUCGAGAUUCACACAAACAUCAGUAUCGACACAACACCCUUUGGCAUUGCUGCACAAAGGUGGCCAGGUCUAGAGAGCCGAGAAGAUAUUGCCAUCAAAGCUAGUGCGGCAAAACAUGGUUUCAGAUACGAUACUUUGUAUGCCGUGCCUAUGAGCUACGUCCAUCAAUUCUUCCUCGAUGACUUCUGGGACAACCGUAUCCUCCGAUUCGGCGACGGGGCCGUAAACAACUACAAAGCCGUCGGCGUGCGGGUCUCACUAAUCGACCAACUCAAGUAUGACGAUCUGGAAAGUCCCACAGUCAAACAAAAGCAAGAUCCCCUGUCAGGCGCAUGGGAAGAUGACCCCGAGAUUGACUCCGAUGCCGAGUAUCCGAAUGUGGACGAGGGAAUCAUUUACCCGAAUAGGAUUUUGACUCUUUUGGGUCAAGAGAUGAGUGAUUCUGAUAUUGAGAUGGGGGAUGCAAGUGAUGCAGAUCAGAACGAUGACGACGUCCCUGACGAUGAGGAUGAUGAAGUAGUAUGA